CAAACUUUGCAUCAUUUCUUAGAAUUCUCUUAAUUAUCUAAGCUUGCUCUCAACUCUCAAGAGAGAAAUAAACAAUCAAAAAAGUUAAUGAAACUAAUCAUGGGUUUGAAGAUUUGUCUCCUAACUCUUCUCAUUGUAGCCUCAGUUGUAUCAUCUUCAUCAGCAGCUCGAUGCGGAUCCACCAUUCCAAAGGCAAAAAUCGGCGAAAAUCAGGAAGAAUUGUAUUCAGAAAAUGAUGAAAUCUCCAAGAGGGAAGAUAUUCAUGAGAGGUUGCUAAGGGCUAAUACAAAAGAUUAUGGAAGACCGGAUCCAACACCAACUUUCGUCAAGCCUCCUUUUAAACUCAUACCGAACUAGCUAGCGGCAUUUACGCACGUACGUAAGCGUUCUAAGCAUGCGCAGUAUCGAUCGAUGCAAUUAGCAAGGAUUUAAAUCUAGAAAUAUAUCCCUAUAUAUAUCAUCGAGUAUUAAUUAGCUAUAUAUAUGUACUACGUACGUACCGUAUAAGUUUUCAACAUAAUACUCAUAUAUAACCAUAUGUAAUGUAUAGUAUAUAUGUCACGUACUCAUGAUCGAGGUAUAGCUAGCUAGGCCGGGUUUUUGUGCCCGGCCAGCAAGCUAUCAUCAUA